AUGCCCACCUUGGACGUCCCGGAGGAGAGGCUGAGGAAGUUUAAGUACCGGGGCAAAGAGGCAUCUGUGAGACGGCAGCAGCGCAUGGCGGUCAGCCUGGAGCUGCGGAAGGCCAGGAAAGAGGAGCAGGCCUUAAAGAGACGGAACAUCACGGCUUGCUCCCCCGAGCCAGCUUCUGAAAAACCCGCCAAAGGGGUAUCUGUGAGCCUCUCCCUGGAUGACAUAGUCAGAGGUGUGAACAGCUCAGACCCACUGCUUUGUUUCCAGGCCACCCAGGCCGCCAGGAAAAUGCUCUCCCGGGAAAGGAACCCUCCCCUAAAGUUGAUCAUCGACGCGGGGCUCAUCCCCAGGCUGGUGGAGUUCCUGAAGUCAUCGCUUCACCCCCACCUGCAGUUCGAGGCAGCCUGGGCUCUGACCAACAUUGCUUCCGGGACUUCAGAGCAGACGCGAGCCGUCGUGGAAGCAGGCGCCAUCCAGCCUCUGAUCGAGCUCCUGUCUUCCCCCUGUGUGGCCGUGUGCGAGCAGGCCGUGUGGGCUCUUGGUAACAUAGCCGGCGAUGGCCCACAGUUCAGAGAUGUUGUUAUUUCGAGCAAUGCCAUCCCACAUCUGCUGGCCCUGGUUUCAUCAGCUGUACCGAUCACAUUUCUGCGGAACAUCACAUGGACCUUGUCCAACCUGUGCCGGAACAAGAACCCGUACCCUUGCGAGGAAGCCGUAAAGCAGCUGCUGCCGGUCCUCCUGCACCUCCUGCAGCACCAUGACAGCGAGGUCCUCUCAGACACCUGCUGGGCCUUGUCCUACCUCACCGAUGGCUGCAAUGAGCGCAUCGGCCGAGUGGUUGACACAGGGGUCUUGCCCAGGCUGGUGGAGCUCAUGACCAGCUUGGAACUCUGUGUCUUGACUCCUUCUCUGCGCACCGUGGGGAACAUCGUCACGGGAACCGAUCAGCAGACCCAGAUGGCCAUCGACGCAGGCAUGCUGAGGGUGCUGCCCCAGCUCCUGAGGCACCCCAAAUCCUCCAUCCAGAAGGAGGCCGCCUGGGCCCUGAGCAACGUGGCCGCAGGGCCCCAUCAGCACAUCCAGCAGCUGAUUACUUACAACUUGCUGCCUCCCUUGGUGGCUCUGUUGAAAAACGGGGAGUUCAGAGUCCAGAAAGAGGCUGUCUGGAUGGUGGCCAACUUCACAAUGGGGGCCACCGUGAACCAGUUGUUCCAGCUGCUCCACUCGGGGGUCCUGGAGCCCCUGAUGAGGCUCCUUACUGCCCCAGAUGUUAAAAUUGUCGUCCUCAUCCUCGAUGUCAUCUCCUACUUCCUCCAGGAGGCUGAGAAGCUGUACGAGAAGGACAACCUGUGUCUCCUGAUAGAAGAACUCGGCGGGAUAGACCGGAUCGAGGCCUUGCAGCUGCACGAGAACCGGCAGAUCGCCCAAACCGCUCUGAGCAUCAUCGAGAAGCACUUCACGGAGGUCAGUGACUUCGGAGCGGACACAGGGGCCCUCUGCGUCCGCAGCCGCAGAUCCCCUCAGCUGCCGCGGGAGCCCCCGGCCCGCCGGCUGCAGGCCCGGCGCGCGCCCGAGGAGCGGGCGGGCGGGCUGGCGGCGGCGUGCCCCGCCCCCGACGUACCGCGGCCGCGCGCACGCACACAGGCGCGGGGGCGCACGGCGGCGGGCGCGCGCAGGGCCGGGCCCGCACGGCGGCGGGCGCGCGCGCGGCUCCGGGAGGCGGCGGCGGCGGCGGAAGCGGCGAGGGCGGCAGGCGUCCGGCUCCGAGGUGGUGGAGGCGGCGGCGGCGGCGACUCAGGACUGGGCUCGGUGGGAGCCACGAGGGUCCGGGCGCCGGGCCGAGCGCCGAUCCCCUGGGCUCCGCCGCCCGGACGCCUGGGCCGCGGAGUUUGUGUCCCGGCUCGGACCCCGGCGCCCAGCCCGGAGCCGUAA